AAAGAACUUGACACUCAACUUGUAAACAAAAGACCAGUCUGAAAUCCUCCUCCCUCCAAGGCGUAAUCGGUGCAGAACAGUGUAAUCUUUAGCAGUUUGCCCGCCCUUUAAGAGGAAUUGGACUAUGAAUUUAUUAAUGAAGGAGAAUAUAGAAACUAGAGAAUGAAUAGAUUAGGACAUCUCCCGUCAUUAGGAGCCUCUGGGAGCAUAAAUGCAACACCUGCUGAUUUCCUCCUUGCCAACUAUGUUUCGGGAAUGCAAAUCAAUGGACGGAUGUCCACAGUGCGUCGCUUCUUCUGCCUCUUUGUCACCUUCGAUUUGCUUUUUACAUGCCUCUUUUGGAUCAUCUGUAUCUUGAUUAAUGGAGAAAAUCUUGUCAAAGCCCUUGAGGAAGAAGUGGAGCAUUAUAGUAUCAAGACCUCAAUAUUUGAUAUUGUGAUGACAGCUGCAGUCAGGUUUACAGUAUUACUGCUGUUCUAUGCUCUGCUGCACAUCAACCACUGGUGGCUUGUUGCUCUGACAACGGCAGGGAGCUGUGCUUUCCUCAUAGCUAAGACAUUACUUUAUACGUGGCAGACGGAAAACAGCCGUCCAUUUGAAGUGAUGCUAGUCCUAAUAUCAUUUCUUAUUGCCUGGGCUGAAGCUUGGUUUAUUGACUUCAGGGUUUUACCACAAGAAGCCCGUGCUAGGUCAAUUCUGGAAGCUGCUGCAGGCAGCAGUGAACACAUGGAGAAUGAUCCACUGUUACCACAGUUGGAACGAGUGAGGGACUACCUCAGUCAUUACACAGAGACUAUUGGUGACUUCUACUCGCCCAUGGAAUCACCCUUAGGGUCUGACGAUGAUGAUGAUGGUUUUACCCGUACGGAUUACAGGAAAUUAUCUCCUGAAGAGAAACAAAUGCAAGCCAGUGGUUAUGAAGCCUUGCAAAAAGCUUGGGAGACUGUAAACUCUCCUGGCUGGAAGGUGGAGAAGGAAACUUCACAUGGAGACACAGUGUCCUCCAAAGUGGGGCCUAAAGGAUCAAAAAUAUAUAAACUUGUGGGCACGGUGGAGGUAGACCCAAAGACCUUGUUUAAUGAGAUGCUCUUCAACUUCGAAAAUAUUCCAACAUGGAAUAAAGCAAUAACACUAGGUAGAGUUGUACAGACUAUAGAUAGUUGCACAGAUGUGGUGUACCAGGUUGCUGCAGAAGGACCAGGGGGCGUAGUAUCUGCAAGAGAUUUUGUGAAUGUGCGACACUGGAAGAAAAUUGGUGAUUCCUGGGUCUCUGCAAAUAUCUCUGUUGUUCAUAAAGAUGAGCCACCACAAAAGAGUAUAGUGAGGGGUGAGAAUGGACCAGGCUGCUGGGUGUUUAGCCCAGUUGAAGGUGCUCUGAAGAAAUGUUCCUUCCAGUGGUUGCUGGACACAGAUCUCAAGGGUUGGAUCCCUCAGUAUGUUAUUGACCAGGCUCUUACAUUCGCCAUGACAGACUUCCUGCAAUGCUUACGGAAUCAUGCACCAUAUAUCGCUGCAAGUAAAUCUGAAAGAUAUAGUGCUAGAUAAGUUGUGUAAUUAGUCAGCACUACUGACCAUUAUAUUACUCAUGAUGUCACAUGUCUCAUCAUUGUUAAAGAUGUAGAUAGGUCUUGAUUAUAGGAUUAUACAUUUGUAGAAAUAACAUUGCUACUUGUUUAUUUGUACAUUGUCAGUUUUGUUUAAUGUUGUGAUAUAAUUUCCUUUGCAUGAAAGGAAUUGUUAAUUAACUAUACCUCUUAAUGAAGGUUGAUAGGACAUCUCAUGUUGAUGAGUAUUUUAAUGUAAUUAUAAUAGUAACCAAAAGACAAUAUCACAUUGUUGUGAGAUGGUAGUACACAGGUUAAAUGUCCUUGGAAUUCCUUUAUUCCUAAACUUCUUGUAGUCAUGGCCUAUAAAUUAUACUUUUUUUUUUACCGUUAUAAGUAUUAGUUAUAAAAAUAUUUGCAUGGAUUAUACAGGAGAACAUUUUUUAUGUGAUUCGUCUCUUAAAACCAGAUCAGUUAGACUUUCAUCUUCAUAAUGCUCAGUCUAUUAUCUCCAGGGACACAAACAUUAUUAGUUGAAGAUGAAUACUCAUAGUUUUAGAUGUAGAAAGCCAACUUUAUUUCUUAUCUUGAGAAAGCUGCUUGUUGGUGAGAAGUCUUUUAUUUACUUGGCUGUGAAGCAGUGUUUGGGGGGUAUUCUGUGACUGAUGCUUAGUCUUACCUAUACAAGCUGUAUCUUUUAAGAGAAAAUAACCUGUACACAUUGAAAAGUGAUCAUAUUUGGUUGUGUUUAACACCAUUCUGGGAAAUUUAGGAUACCUAUCAAUCACAUAUGCAUGUAUGAAUGUGUAUUUUGAUAUGCAUUAUUGACUGAGUUGAUAUUUUGAAUAAGAAAUCUUUUAAAGUACUAAAGUUUAUACCAGUCACUUCCAUUGGAUUUAUUUAAGUGCCUCUAUCUGAGUGAUGUAUAUAAAGCUAAGUAUUAGGCAGUUGAAGAUUGUACAAGUAAACCUGUUGUGCUUAAUCUUCCUUUAUGGAGGAUUCAGGUGAGGAUUCUGUCAGUAUUCUUCUGAUUGUAAAUAAAUAAAAAAAUAUAUUUACAGGUCUCCCUGUCUUUACACUUUCUUUUCAUUUAGAUAUACUACUGUGGCCCAUUUAAUGCAACAAGAAAAUGCAAUGUGUGAAAUCAAAGACAGGUCUGUUUGCCCUUUUUGUUGUGUGUGUGUAUUUGUUUUUUCCAGCAUUUAGUGCUCCCUCUCUAUUUGCUAUGGGGGAGAACUAUACAGUAUGUAAUAACAGUUGAUUUUUCAUGUGGAAUUUAGUAUGUGUAUGGUUUGACCAUGAUUACUUUACUCAUAAACUGACCACAAUACAAAAGCAUUCCUACCAACAGAAGUGCCCCAUUAUUAUCAGAGUAGCCAUUAAACAAACAAUUUGAUUUCACUGGAAUAAACCAGUUUGGUAAGAAAGAGAGAAAAGAGCUGUUUCUUAAUGUGGUGAAUGUACUCUGUAUCCGGCCUUUCUUAUAUGUUCAAGGUUCUGUAUAUAUUAAGCUUGCUUG